AGCCAGUCCCCGUGCUGGGAGCCAACGUCCCCAGAGGGAAAAGACCUCAUGUCCUGUUUCCCUACAUUAACCCCCACUUUUGCAUUUCUCUGCCCCCCACCCCAGCACUCUCCCAAGCCCCAUGGCUGAUCAGACCCCCCCAGAGAGCGACCGGCGUCCCGUCGACUUCACGGAAGAGUAUGACAUCAUCACCGAUGAAGACAUCGCGGAGAUCAGAGACGCCCUGGAAGGGGGCCGGCUGGACGAAGCCGCUUCGAAGAUCGUGGAGAGCCUGGAGGACUUGGAGAAGGCCCAGCUGCACAUUGCCGUGACGGGGGAGUCUGGCUCCGGCAAAUCCUCCUUCGUCAACGCCAUCCGCGGCCUGCGAGACGAUGACGAGGGAGCGGCCGCCACGGGGGUGGUGGAGACCACCACGGAGCCGACACCGUAUCCCCACCCCAAGCACCCCAACGUGACGCUGUGGGACCUACCGGGCAUUGGCACUCCAGACUUCCAGUCCCAUACCUACCUGGAGCGGGUGGGCUUCCCUCGCUUUGAUUUCUUUAUCCUCAUCGCCUCCGAGCGCUUCCGAGCCAGCCAUGUCCAGCUGGCCCAGGAGAUCCAGAAAAUGGGCAAGCGCUUCUACUUUGUGCGCUCCAAGGUGGACGCCGACCUGUACGCAGCCAGAAAAAGGCGGCCGGUGAGCUACAGCGAGCACGGGGUCCUGACACAGAUCCGGGAUGACUGCUGCCGGCGGCUGCUGGCCGAAGGGGUGCCUUCCCCGACUGUCUUCCUCCUCUCCAGCUGGGAGCUGGGCAGCUACGACUUCCUGGCGCUGGAGGAGACCUUGGAGAAGGAGCUGCCUGCUCACAAGAGACGCGCGUUCCUCCUGGCUUUGCCCAACCUUUCGCUGAGCAUCCUGCAGAAGAAGAAGGAAGCCAUGCAGAGGCAGAUCUGGAAACUGGCCAUCAUCUCCUGCGGCGUGGCUGCUGUCCCCAUCCCGGGGCUCUCGGUGACCUGCGACGUGACCAUCCUGGUCAAAACUCUCUCCGAGUACCGCCAGACCUUCGGCUUGGACGACGAGUCGCUCUGCAAGCUGGCCGAGAAGGUGGGCAAACCCGUGGAGGACAUCAAGGAGGCCAUUAGGUCACCUCUGGCCAGGGAGAUCUCCAGGGAUCUGGUGCUGAAGUUGCUGACCAAAGCCGGAGGGGGAGCGCUGAUGUUCAUAGAGUAUCUGGCCAGCACGGUGCCACUGUUUGGGUCCAUGGCGGCCGGGGGGAUCUCCUUCGGAACCACCUAUUACAUGCUCCGCAGCUUCCUCGAGGAAGUCGCCAGGGACGCCCACAAUGUCCUCAUCAAGGCCUUUGAGACGGAUGUUUGAAGAGGGACCAGGGAGCCCCGGUCCACCGGCCAUGGCAGAAAUCCCCACACAGGAGAGAUUUCGAAGCCGGAUCCUCAGCGAGAGUAAAUCGGUGUUGGGCUGAUGGACGCUGGCUGGGGAGUCAGCAGGUAUCAGAGCAGCAUGUG